AUGGAGAGGGCUCCAAACCUGCUGCUCCUCUGCAUCUUCACCUUCGCCAUGGUCCCGGUUCCCGAAGCCAAGGACCAGAGCAAGGCAGCCAAGGGCAGGAGAAGGGGGCUGGCACGGGCACCAACAGCCCCCCCUGCCCUGGCCUGGGCGCCCGCCGACCCUUACAGCAGCAUGGCAGAGUACGAGCACAGCAUCCAGGACAUGGUGCGCCAGCUGAGGAACGGCUCCGAGCCGGGGGACACCAAGUGCCAGGUGAACCUGAGGCUCUGGAGGUCCAACCGCAGGAGCCUGUCCCCCUGGGCCUACAGGAUAAACCACGAUGCCACACGGAUCCCAGCAGACAUCCCUGAAGCGCGGUGCCUCUGCACCGGCUGCAUCAACCCCUUCACCAUGCAGGAGGACCGCAGCAUGGCCAGCAUCCCCAUCUACAGCCGCCUGCCCGUGCGCCGCCUGCUCUGCCCGCGCCCGGGCCGCACGCCCUCGGGCAAGCAGUGCCACAAGAAGUACCAGAUGGUGAUGGAGACCAUCGCUGUGGGCUGCACCUGCAUCUUCUGAGGCCGCAAAGCUACGCCCUGCAGCUCCCCCAGUGCUGGGCACCUAACCAGCUUGCUCUUGCUUCUCCAGCUUGCCCUUCGGGAGAGGCCACCCGGCUGGGCAUCAGGGUGAGGGGAGGUCCCUGUGCAAGAGCUCCUCCAAAUUCCCAUGCAGAUUCCAACAGCCUCAGCCCCAGCAGCUGCUUUGGGGACACCCAGUGCAGAGGCAGCCCCUGGGAGUCACCCAGCCCCAGACACCGACUGCCCCCAGCCUCCAGGGAGGAGCUCAGCUGUGGGCUGGGGGAGAGAGGGAGCCAGCUGCCCAUGGUCCUGUGGCUGGGCAGGGUCAGGGUCAGGGUCAGGAUCAGGAUCAGGGUCAGGGUCAGGGUCAGGAUCAGGGUCAGGGUCAGGGUCAGGAUCAGGAACAGGGUCAGGAUCAGGAUCAGGGUCAGGAUCAGGGUCAGGGUCAGGAUCAGGGUCAGGGUCAGGAUCAGGAUCAGGAUCAGGAUCAAGAUCAGGAUCAGGAUCAGGAUCAGGGUCAGGGUCAGGAUCAGGAUCAGGAUCAGGAUCAGGCCUCCUCCCUUCCCGAAGUCCCCAUUUCCCUUUGUUUGCUCCAUCGCUGCAACAGCUCCCGGCAGCACCCAGCCCUCCUGUGCUUCCCAGUCCUUCCCAGUCCCUCCCAGUCCUCCCAAGUCUGUCCCAGUCCUUCCCAGCCAUCCCACAGGUUCCUCUGUGCCAGGCUGGGCAGCCCAAGGAGCGGGGUGAGCUGCUGGUGGUUUGGGCAGCUUCU